AUGGAGGAGCCCGCGGAGGAUCUCGUGCUGGCCCUUCAGGGCGAGAAUGCGGACGAUCUGAGCCGGCUGGCGUCGUUGCAGAAGAUCGAGGGCUUACUCGACGAGGCGGCCGGCCCAGACGCGGAGCACCUCUGUGCGCUGCUGCGAGCGGCUGGCCUAGUCGAUUCCCUCGUCCAAAUAGUGUCACUGGAGUCGCAGCACGCGGCGCUGCAGCAAUCGGCGCUGCUCAUUAUCGGCAACAUGUGCUCGGACGAGGUGGAUUCGAAUGCCGCGCUGACCAAGGCCGAGCUCAAGGCGUGCCAUGGCUUUGAGGAGCUGCUGUCGCACCUCUUCUCUCCAGACCCCAUUGUGCAGGCCUACGCUCUGGGCGCGGUGCAAAAUACGUGCCGCGAAAGCGACUACCUCGGGGUGCUGUGGACGCUCGACCUCCUGCCUCGCAUCGAAGAGCUUGCAGUCUCGACUGAACCUCAUGUCAUGCAGUUUGCCAACGGAGUGCUCGGAAAUAUUGACCACCUCAUGAUGGAGGAGGAGGCCAUCACGGCGAUUGCGGGUGCCGAACGACAACGCAAGGCACUCCCGUACACGCCGUCCCCGGGGGCACUUGCUCGCGUUGCUACUGCGGCAGAGCUUUUGGGCGGUGCUGCGAGCGAGGCGGUGGUGGCAGCUGCGGCACGGAGCGCCUUGGCUCGGCAGCAGGCUGCGAAGCGGCAGGCCGCGAAGGAGGAAGCCGUCCGCUGGGCUGCGUCAAAGAAUCGGCGACUUCGGCUGCUGCUUCGCAACUUGGCUGAGGAGGAGGCUGCGUGGCAAGAGGCAGCGGCGGCGCAAGAGGCAAAGAAGGCAGCGGAGCUCGAGCUAAGAAAGGCGGCGUGGGAGGCGGCCGAGAGGAGGAAGGCUGCUGAGGAGGAGGCGGUGCGUAAGGCCGAGCAUGAGGCUGCCACCGCUGCAGCUGCCAAGGUGGCCGAGGAGGAGGCUCUUGCUUCCCGCACGAUGCUGCCCAACGCCUACAUGGCGGCGCUCGCCGAGGCCACCGCUGCCGCCGAGCUGGCAGAGCAGGCAAUCAUUGAGGCGGAGCGUGCAGAGAGGCAGUCAGUCGACGCGGCUGCCGCGGCGGAGAUGGCCGAAGAGGCUGCCAGGCUAGCGAUGGAGGAGACGGAACGGGCUCGCUUGGCCGCCAUCGCACAGGCUGAAGUCCAAGCUGAGGCAGCGAGGCGAGCCGCCAUUGCGCAAGCGGAGGCAGAAGCCGAGGGCGAGGGAGAAGCCGAGGCAAACGCGGAAGCAGCGAUGGAGGUUUCGCGACGUGAGCUGCGGCUUCGAACGCACCGUGCUGAGCAUGGGGCAUCGCUCGAGGAGAAGACAAUCGAGGCGAGGCGCCAGCGCUACCCCAUCUCAACAAUGGACCGGUCAGUCCCGCACGGUGAACGCAAUGUGAGGUAG